AGUACGACUAAAACCCUAACAAACCCAUUUGUAGCAUAAACCCUAAAACCCUCGUCCCCAAUUUACUCGCAGAGCCCAAACCAAAAUACUAACCCCUGAAAUCUCAAUUGUAUAGAAGAUUAAGUUUUGAAUUUGAGAGUUUAGAAGCAAUGACCAUGGAGGUGGAACCAGAGGGGAAGAAUGUGAUGUGCCUUCUGACGGACCCAGAAGGGACGCCAUUGGGAAAUUCCGUGUACCUUCCCCAAAACACCGGCCCGCAACACCUUCAACAAAUCGUCAAUCAGCUUCUCAACAACGAGGAGAAGCUGCCUUAUGCUUUCUAUAUAUCAGAUCAGGAACUUCUUGAGUCACUUGGAAAAUAUUCGGAGAAGAAUAAAAUUUCUGUUGAGAAGGUACUGAAAAUAGUUUAUCAACCACAAGCUAUUUUCCGAAUUCGUCCUGUUCAUCGGUGCUCGGCAACAAUUGCUGGUCACAAUGAAGCUGUACUUUCAGUUGCUUUUAGUCCUGAUGGCCGACAGUUGGCGAGUGGUUCUGGUGAUACCACUGUCCGACUAUGGGACCUUGGUACUCAGACACCGUUGUUCACAUGUACAGGACAUAAGAAUUGGGUCCUUUGCAUUGCAUGGUCACCUGAUGGUAAACAUCUUGUUAGUGGGAGUAAAGCCGGGGAACUCCAAUGUUGGGAUCCACAGACUGGAAAGCCAUCAGGCAAUCCGCUUAUAGGCCAUAAGAAAUGGAUUACUGGAAUCUCUUGGGAACCAGUCCACCUGAACUCUCCCUGUCGACGCUUUGUAAGUGCUAGCAAAGAUGGUGAUGCACGCAUAUGGGACGUUACAUUGAGGAAAUCUGUUAUAUGUCUUAGUGGCCACACACUUGCAGUGACGUGUGUAAAAUGGGGGGGAGAUGGUGUUAUAUAUACAGGGUCCCAGGAUUGUACUAUCAAAGUCUGGGAGACUACACAGGGGAAGCUAAUUCGUGAACUUAAGGGUCAUGGUCAUUGGGUUAACUCUCUUGCAUUGAGUACUGAAUAUGUUCUUCGUACUGGAGCCUUUGAUCACACCUGCAAGCAAUAUUCAUCUCCAGAGGAAAUUAAGAAGGUAGCCUUGGAAAGGUAUAACAAAAUGAAAGGCAAUGCCCCUGAAAGAUUGGUUUCUGGAUCUGAUGAUUUUACAAUGUUUCUAUGGGAACCCUUUGUCAGCAAACACCCGAAAACUCGCAUGACAGGUCAUCAACAGCUUGUAAACCACGUUUACUUUUCACCUGAUGGGCAAUGGAUAGCAAGUGCCUCAUUUGAUAGGUCUGUCAAGUUAUGGAAUGGUACUACAGGAAAAUUUGUUGCAGCUUUUCGGGGCCAUGUUGGCCCUGUCUACCAGAUCAGCUGGUCCGCAGACAGCAGGCUACUUUUAAGUGGCAGCAAAGAUUCCACUCUGAAGGUUUGGGAUAUCAGGACACGGAAAUUAAAACAAGACCUUCCAGGACAUGCAGAUGAGGUUUAUGCUGUUGAUUGGAGUCCAGAUGGUGAGAAGGUAGUUUCUGGUGGCAAGGAUAGAGUUUUGAAGUUAUGGAUGGGCUAGACUAAUUGUGGUAGGCCGAAGUAUGAGCAACUACAUAAUGAAAAUGUUACAUGAUGGUGAUAAUUGAGCAUUGAAGUGUUUGGUAUGAUAUACAUACAAGUAUACUGCACAACUAAGGGAUAUGAACAAGAAUUGGGAAUUCAAGUAUCGGUCACAAGGGUGGUUGAAAGAAAAAGCUCCUGAAUCAGCAUAAAAGUUUUUUAUCCAUUGGGGUGUAAGCUUUUCUGCGAGCUGUCUGAGGUGGAAUAGCGAGGCAGCCAAUUUAUGAGUGUGAGUUAACUUUUCUUAUUUAGAGUCGCGCCGUGAAGUUUUGUUUUGUUCUUUUUUACUUUUAUUCAUUUUCCUGGUCAAAUACAUUAUGUCAAUUUUUAGUUGGUAAUCAGGAAAUAUAUCCCUGCAACAGAUUUCCGCA